AUGGGGAUGUUCCGUAGCAGGAGAGGGACGGUGCAUGAUGCCAGCCGACAAUCACAGCGUUUUUACCCAGAAAUCUUCAUCCUGACCGGAUUCCCAGGUACGGAGGAGUCUCAGGUCUGGCUCGCCAUCCCCUUCUGUCUGAUGUACGUUGCGGCGCUUCUGGGGAACUCUCUGCUCCUGUUCAUCAUAGCGACAGAACGAAGUCUCCAUGAGCCCAUGUACCUUUUCCUCUCCAUGCUGGCCACUGCUGAUCUGCUGUUGUCCACCAGCUCAGUGCCCAAGAUGCUGGCCGUGUUCUGGUCCAGGGCAGGGGAAAUUUCUUUUGCUGCCUGCCUCACCCAGAUAUUCUUCAUCUAUGUUAGUUUCACCUCUGAGUCGGGCAUCCUGCUGGCCAUGGCGUUUGAUCGGUACGUUGCCAUCUGCAACCCCCUGAGAUACACCACCCUGCUCACCAAGCCUGUGAUCGGGAAGAUCGGGCUGGCGGUUCUCACAAGGAGCGUCAGUGCCUUUUUACCUCACUUCGUUCUCCUGAAACGCCUGAAGUUCUGCAGAACCAACGUCCUGCCUCACAACUACUGCCAGGAAUGGGCCGUCGCUCAGCUGGCCUGCAAUGACGUCACAGCCAACCUGUGGUACGGCAGAGUCAUGGCGAUUUUAGCAUUUGGCUUGGACGCCGUGCUCAUCGCUGCGUCUUACGUGCUGAUCCUCAGGGCCGUCUUCCAGCUCCCAUCCAGGGGCCCCCGGCUCAAAGCCCUGCGCACCUGCGGCUCCCACGUCUCUGUCAUCCUGAUGUUCUACAUGUCGUCUUUUUUCUCCUAUUUUGCAUACCAAUUUGGGCGCAUCGUCCCUGGUACUAUUCUCAACCUACUGGCCAACAGCCAUGUGCUCCUUCCCCCCAUGUUAAACCCCAUCAUUUAUGGGGUGACAUCAAAAGAGAUCCUGAAACGGGUGAGCCAUUUGUUUUAUCGCAGCUACAGACGAAGCUCCCUGCAGGGUUAAGGGUAGCAGCAGAAAAUACCCUCAGAUACGGCAAUUAACGCUGGGUUUUCAUCAGAACUGUCGGGCUGUUGUCAUUAUGAACCUGCCCUGAGUUAGCUUGAA